UUUUUUAGGGAUUGGGAGAAGUCAGAGGGUAGAGUUAGCAGGACAAAAUGUUUGAAAACAUUUGUUUACUGUCAAGACUUAUGUUAUAUGAAAAUGCAAUACAGAGCUUAAGUACACAAACUUUUCUCUUUUAACAGCUUUUCCAUUGAGCUUUGAAACCAUUCAUGGAAGCUGAUGGCAAUAUUCUUGUUCCUUUGCGUCAGAAGGCAAAAAAGAAAAGUCAAGGGUUCUUUAUAAUGAGCCGACGGAGGAUAUCGUGCAAAGAGCUGGGGCAAGCCGAUUGCCAAGGAUGGCUCUACAAAAAGAAGGAAAAAGGCGCUUUCAUUGGCAACAAAUGGAAAAAGUUCUGGUGUGUGCUAAAGGAGUCAUCGCUGUAUUGGUACAGCAGUCAGCUGGCUGAAAAAGCAGAAGGAUUUAUAAGACUUCCAGACUUCAGUGUGGAUCGAGCAAUUGAAUGCAAAAAAAAGCAUGCUAUUAAGAUCAGCCACCCACAGAUCAAGACAUUUUAUUUUGCGGCAGAAAAUGUUCUGGAAAUGAACACGUGGCUAAGUAAGCUGGGAAUGGCUGUAGACCCUCAGGCACCACACAGGAAGAAUGAGGAAGAGUGCUACAGUGAAAGUGAGCAUGAUGAUCCAGAAAUAACAGACACGCCACCUCCACCCUACGCAGUCCAGACCCCACCUCCUCCUUCGGAUCAGCAGAAGUCAUCAUUCACCUCAACUCUGUCAAGUGAAGCAUCUUGUUCUCUCUCCUCUCCUGAAAGCACUUUCAAUUCCCAAGAAUCAUCGUCUUCCUUGACAUCCAAAGUGGUUUAUUCUGAGAGGCAGUCCUGGCUUGACCUGGUGAACAGCUCUGCCACGGAAGAGGGUGAUCAGCCUUUAACAUUCUGCGUGCAGAUUCAUUCUGACGAGGCGCCAGAAGUGGUCUGUGGAGAUGCAGGAGAAAGCCAGGAAGUCCAGCUUUCCGAACCCAAUGGUGGAUCCCAGACCUCUUACUUAAGUGCAGAUACACAUUGUCUGGCUGUGCCAGAUGGAACAGGACAGCGAUCUCUAGCCAGAGACCAAGAAAAAUGUGAUGAUGAUGAUGAGAUGGAGCGGCUUUACAAGUCAUUGGAGCAAGCAAGCCUGUCUCCCAUUGGUGAUCGUCGACUGUCAACUAAGAAGGAGCUUAGGAAAUCAUUUAUCAAGCGCAGCAAAAACCCCUCCAUUAAUGAGAAACUCCACAAAAUUCGAAUGCUGAAUAGUACAUUAAAGUGUAAGGAACAUGACCUGGCCAUGAUUAACCAGUUGCUAGAGGACCCAAAGUUGACAGCAGUGAAGUACAGAGAGUGGAGGAGCACAAACAUCAUGCUGGUCCAAGAUAUAUAUCAGCAUCAGGAGGUCCAGGACAUGUCCACAGAGAAUAGUGAAGAGCAAGAGAUGACUCCACAGCCAGUCACUGAAAGUGCGAUUUGAUCAAUGGCACAUGGCAAGAUUUUUCUCCACAGGUCUUCAUGUACAAGCAAAUUAAGCUGCUGUAUCUUGAGGUUUGUUUCUCACAAGUGUGCUUCAAAAGGAAAGCAACCCAUUCUCCAAAGUUUUAAAUGCUCUUGCAGAACUCAUUUGAUGUCAAAUGGGCAAUUUCCCCAAACUUGCCCAGGUUGCCCAAAAAAACAUGCCUGAAUGUGGCUUGCAUAUGUAAGAAGACUAUUUAACAAAGUAGCAAAGAAACAUUUUUCAGGUUUUGGAGAAGAAAAUUAUAAGCGUCCAGCUUCUGGAGGACACAGAACUAUGUAAUAUGUACUGUAUAAAUAUGAAAUCCUCGAGAUUGUUUUUACCAUACAACUUACCUUGAAAUGAAGCUCAACUGAUCCCAACAGGAUGUAGCCUACUUUACCUUUUUACCCUCCAAGGUUACCCAAUGUAUAUAUUUUCAUCUCUGUACCCAUUUACUUUUACCACUCAACCAGUUUAAACAGAUACAAAAGGCAGAGUAAUUAUGCAUGAGUUGAUACUGUAGACAGCUGCCAGAUACCCAGUUUGGGCUCCGCCUGAUGUUUUAUGAGUAUCAAACUUAUUUAUGGUCCAGACCAAGAAGGUACUGUCUUUCUACAUGAAGAAGAGGUCUUCAAGAUUUUGCUAACAUGUUAUUUUCUCUUCAGUGAGACAAGAUUCAACUUUUCCUAUGGACUUGGAAGAUUAUGGUCUCCUUUCUUAUUUUUGACAAUUGGGAGUAUAUAAGGUACAAGUUCAUCUCAGACUUAAGGAAGGUGAUCAUAAUCACAAGCCAGAAGCUAAAUGACUAAACUCCUAAUGUGGACCUGGAAGUAUAAAACAAAGCUGCAAAUAUUUUUGUAAAUAUAUGUAAUUUUAUGACUUAUAUGAAUGUGACUAUGUACUGUAUAGACAUUUUAUUUAUAUAUUUAUAUAUGCUAAAUUUCCUAAUGUAAAUAGGCACAUGUGGACCAAGCCCACCCUGCUGUGAGUGCUUACAGAUUGACUUGAAAUGCCUCUUUAUUUUGUGUUCCAUUAUAGAUCACAGUAAUGGCUCUGCAGCUGAGACUGCCCUGAGGCAUAUGCUGUGACUCUUUUUUCUGCUUUUUUAGCUUUGAGUUUUAGAUGAAGAAAAUCUGUACAACUUAGAGCCUGAAAAAGUUUUCUAGAGAGUUUCAAGAUUUCCCUUUGGGGGAAAAAAGUAAGAAGUAUUGCUGCAGGAUCAUGAUUUUUUGGCUUCAUUGUCCUCAGUACAAGGUUUUGGGCUUUUGCCUUCCUCUCUUCUGCAGUAUAAGGAAUUUUGCAGAGUGACGAAUUUUGAAAAGCAAGAAUUAGUCCACCAUUCCCAAAUUAAUGUCACUACCGGAACUAUGACAAUCGGCCCUACUGUGCUAUUUUAUGAAGAUAUUCUUUGUCAUUAGUUUUCAAUACAGUUUAUAUUUUAAAGCAAAAUGCACUAUAGAGAGGCAGCCAUAUUAAUCUCUCUUUAUACAUUUUAUGCUUUAUCAUAGUUUGAUUGAGGAAACAAAAGAUAAUGGUGUUAGUGGGAACAUAUGAAAUCUUUUCCACCCGUGUAGUGAUUUGUUUGACUGUUGAUAUUGCAUUUUUAACACUCAGCAGCUUUUCUUUUAAAAUAGAGGCAAGGAAAUAGAUGAAAAAGAUUAAAUGAGGAAGCAGACACAAAACCCUGGAUGGUUUAAAAUCUGUUCUUUUCAGGAAAUCAUCAUAUGAAUGGCGAUUUUAUCACUUCACUAAUUCUAACUAGAAGUCAAGCAAGCUAAAUACCUGGUCAAAUUUGGUUUAGAGUAAUUGCAUCUUAAAAAUGGUGUCCAUUUUUAUGUUGCUUUUUUUGUUCUUAUUUUUAUUUUAUGGGGUUUUUUUUCCUUUUUUUUUUUUAAUAAUUCUUCCACAAUUCCCAUUGAAAUGUUGUCAAUUAACUGCUGAGAGCACCCUGAAAAUUAGGAGUGUAGGGCUUAAUCUUCUUGGUCCAUUUAAUUUUUAACUACUUGGUGCUAAGUAAUGGAUAAAUAUUGGAGGUCAAAUUGCAUGUACAUUUUCUAUCACACAUGUGAGUUUCUCAUGAAACAAAGCACGUAAAUACCAUUUUCCUUAAAAAGAAUCUUCACUUAGAUGUUGAAAAGAAGCACAUGCUUAAGUGGCCUGUUGAGCUGGGCCAGACAAGUCAGUGCCUUGCAGUUCUGAGCAAAGUCUGAGUCAACUCCAUUUGCUGAAGUAGGUUUGCUCUAUGCAAUGAAAAGCCUAUGUGGCCUGUACGUGCUGUGUUGGCUCUGUUCACACUGCACUUGUGUAAGCAUAGACAAAACAGCUUUCCCAAAUCUAGAGACAAAGAGAUGCCUUUGGACUGUCCAAACCCCACUAUUGGUUUUGACAGAUUACAUAGCCUGAAAUUGCUUUUAAAUUACUCUCUUUCAGAUGGUCAGUAGAUAUUUAUUGUUGAACUAUUGAGGUUUUGGAGACCUAAUGAGCAUGGGCUCUAUCACUGCUUAAAAAAGAACAGAAAAUUCUUGAAUGGGGUUACUUUAAUCCCAGUUAUAACUUUAACAAAUUUCUUUGUUCGGGAAAACAAAUGUAUGGGUUUUAUGCAAGUACUGUGCAGGAAGUCUGACUCCACUCUCUUCAGCUACUACUUAGACUCAAAAUAAUGGAAAGCGUGGAAAAUGCAAAGUGAAAAUUGCAGUGAAACAGGAUUAAUUUUCUGGCAUUGCUAAUUACUGUGACAGUUUUUGCCUGGGUUUAUCACAAGGGGCUGUCUAGCAGUGUGAAAGCCAUAAUCAGAGACAGAAUUACGCAGAAGCUGACAGCUACAGCAGGGAGCCACCUCAACAGGAGAAAUUUGGACAAGGCUGUGCUCUGCUCAGUGAUGCUUGGAGUAACUGGUAUUUCUUGGUCUGGAUUUGGAAGACCUGCACUAUUGGCUCAUAGAAUAGGGAGCUGUGCAUCCCUAGUAUGUGAAUGUCAAGAAGUCUAUAGCCAUCUGCCUCAAGGGACAUGUUUUAUACACGUUUUUUGGGAGAAAGUAUGUGUGUGUGGAUAUAUGCACAUGCACAAUUUUUCCUCUGACAGUAAAGCCAGUUGGUGCAAAUCCAGCCAUGGAAGUUUUGGAAUUCCUGGUAACAAUAUCUAAUUGCAACUGUUUCUGCAGCUUUUCUGGAAAUUGAAUCUCUCUGUUCUGGUGAUGUACACCUUAUGGGAUACCAGAAUGAAGUUGGAAUCACAUUUCCUUUCCUAUGAUGGUUCAUGUGGGGAUUGUGAAUAUUUUUACAUCUAGCUCUGAUGAGUCAAUCAAUACUAGGGUUUUACCUUGCCAUGGUUUUAAGUGCAGCUGGAGAUGAAACACCAUGCAGUUGCUUGCUCAGCCUCACUCUCUUUUCCUUCCCCAUCCCUGUGUAAUGGGGAGCAGAAUUGAAGUAAAACUUGUAUUCUGAGACAAGAAAGGUUUUAUAAUUUAUAAUAAAGUAAAAUACAACAGUAAUGGUAAACAAUAAUAUUGAUUAUAAAAAGGAAAGAAACCCAAGCAAGUGAUGUACAAUGCAAUUUUUCACCACUCACUGACCUAUCAGAACCCUCUUCCCAAACCCAGAUCAGGCCCCCCUGGUUUAUAUACCUGGCAUGAUGUUCUGUGGUGUGGAAUAUCCCUUUGGUCAGUUUGAGUCCCCUGUCCCAGCUAUUCUCCCUGCCACUUUGGUUUUUGUGAAUUUCCUCACUGUCAGAGCAUGAGACAAGGAAAAAUAUCCUUGAUUUAGGAUAAGCAUGGCUUAUCUAAAAACAAAACACCAGUGUGUUAUCAAUACCAUUCUCAUACAGAAUCAAAAACACAGCACUGUAACAGUUACUGAAGCAGAAAUUAACUCUACCCUAACUGAUACCAGGAAUACCAGGAAUAAAUAAUGUGCUACUACUUUUUUUUUUGCAAAUAAUUUGAAUUUUGGAGGAAAUCAUCAUAUGGAGAGAAAAGGAAGGUGUGGGACAGUCGAGGAGGGAGGGGAAGAAAAACAUGGUAUUUGAUUUAAAACUCUGUGGAAAUUCAGAAUUUAAAAUUAUUUCUAACUUAGAAAAAUUAUGGAUGUGUUACACCCAUUAUUGUGUCAGCCUGUAAACUUACAUGUCUAUUACAAAUUUAAUACGAAAACCUGUAUUUUUAAACUUUUCAAGUAGGGAAGGAGCCCAUGAAAUCAUCGUUUAUGAAGGGAGCUCCAUGUACUGUGAUUGGGUUUUGGGCUUCGGCCUUUUUUUUACUCUUUUGUUUGUUUAGUCAUAGAAAAGUAGCCAAUUGUAACCAAGUGUAACCAAGUGCGGGCCUGAGUUGAGUUCAAUUAUAUGAACAUGUCUUUCUGUUAACAGGAAGCCAAAGUGGUUUUCUUGUAGUAGUAGAGCCAAAGUGGAAUUUCCUGUUUUGUGUGGGGCAUUUCAAAGCAGAGACAUUUUAAGAUGCCACUGAGCCUUUCCUUGAUGCUUGAAGAUUCAUCCCAUUUUAGUUCGCUUCAAGCUGCAACAUUAUUGCAUUUUUUAAAAACUGCCUUCAUUCUGAGCUGAAACAAAAUUUGAGGUGAAAAAAAGGAAAAUAGAACAGAAAAAAGCUUGGAGCCAAGAUCAUGCUGAAAUUCACAUCUCUGCAUAGGGUAGUAGGAGCUGAGCUUGCCAAAAGCUGAGUUUUUAAGUCAUUUCAACAUUGAAAAAAAUUUGUAAGGUGUUGAAAAGAGUACUACAUUCCUUGAAAUUUGCUACGGGAGAAGUUCCAAGACCUGUCUGCUCUGGAAAAACUAAUAUUUUCCUAAUUUAUUUCUUCCUGAUAAAAAUCCAAAGGGAGUGGUUUAUAAGAUGGCAGCAAGUUAAAGAUGAAAUAUGCAUGUAAUUCAUUGAUAGCUCAACAACCUUUGUAUGAUCUGGGAAUGGGUGACUUUAGAUGACUCAACCUCUAACGCUCAGCCUGUAAAAUCCAUUUAUUUGGGAAAGCAUUGUAGCUACCAGUGUCUAAAGCUUAUGCACCCCAUCUAGUCCACAGAGGUCCAUUUUGAAGAUGUAGGUGAAUGGCCUUUUUAUAGAGCAAAUACUUUGUGUCAUCAUGCCAUAGCUUAGGAACCACUCUGUCCUAGAUGCCUUAGGACCUGCCCAAAUUAUUCUGACUCUUGAAGCUGCUUACUGCAGUUUUAUCUUCUCCCAGCUAAAAAUAAAAAAAUUGUCUGAAAGCACAUCUCCCACUCCCCCAUGAAGAAAAACUAGCACUAGUCUAGCAGAGAUUAAUGUAAGUCACCAUAUUUAUGAAUGUUUACUGAAAUAACUCACCUGGUGAAAAGCCAUUUGUGCAUACAAAUAGCAGUGCUCUUGUGACGAACUUUCAGUGCUGAGGACUGGCCCAAAGGAAGAAAGGAUGUGUCUAUUGCACUGUGCUCUGUGUAGAAGAGGAAAAGUCACGCACAGAGGAAUAUAUGCAAGAACUUCUUUGAGGCAGUGGCAGGGCCUGCAGCACCAUCAAAGUACAUGGGAUUCAAAUUGAGUAUUUUAUCUGCUGAGUCUUUUUUUUGUUGUUGUUUUUCUUCACUAGUUUAAAACUCACAGCACAAUGUUGGCACUCAGCGCUGCCUUUUUACUGCUUGUUGCCUACAUGUGUGAAUUGAUUUUCAUGGAAUGAUGCACACAUCUUGCAGAAUGAGAGCCUUAUGUUUGCACUUGUCAAUUAAACACUGAAAUGAGAGAA